AUGCGACCGUUAGGAAAAGCGCUUAAGACAGCGACACUCGAAGGACGACCAUGGAAACAAGAAUUGAACCGUUUUCUUUUACAAUAUCGUACCACUCCACAUUGCACUACAGGAGUACCUCCAUCAGAACUGUUGUUUAACCGAGUGAUAAAAGGAAAAUUACCAGUAAUAAACAGCAAGAAGAUCGUCAAUCGACAUAAAGAAGCUCGAGACAAUGAGAAAACACGACAAGAACGCAACCGAGAAUAUGCAAAUCAAAGGAGAAACACAAGAAAAAGUGAUCUACAAGUUGGAGAUUAUGUACUGGUUAGACAAGAAAAGAAAAACAAGCUAACUGCGAAUUUUAAUCACAAACCGUAUAAAGUGAUAAAGAAAACUGGUUCAGAGAUACUUGCCCAAAGUAAAGAUGGUCAUAUUGUGAAACGGAACGUGUCACAUUUCAAGCGAAUAAAUAAACCACGAGAAGAAGACACUGAUGAUGAAGGUUUCGAUUAUGAAGAAAACUCGCAGAACAAUCAGCCAUCCAUCAGUAAUGAAAACAAUGCACCAAGAAGAUCAAGCCGAAUUCGAAGACCACCGAAUCGAUACGGACAUGAAUAUCCAUCAAAUCUAAUAAACUAA